CCGGGGCUGGGAGGAAACUGGGAUGGGGGAAAACCGCUGGAGGUGACCAGAGGGGACGCUAAAAGGGGCAGAGAGCAGGCGGGGGAGUGACAGGGAGCUGACUUUGUCCCCUCAGCCCUCAUCCCACCCCUGCGGCUCCGCGGGUGGGGCCGGUGGCGAUGGCCGAUGGCGAGGGCGACCCCGGCGUGUUCACGGCCACGGCCCUGCCCGGGGACCCUCGGCUGCUGCCCACGGUGACCAACGCCUUCUUGGGCACCCGCGUGUUCCGGGACAUCCUGCACGCUGCCGGCGUGUACAGCGGGGCCGCGGGGGACACGCACCGCGCCGACCUCCCCAGCCCGCUGGGGCUGCGCCUGGCAGCGCCCGGCGCCCGCAGCCCGGCCGAGAGCUUCACCCUCAACACCUGGACAGGGACCUUCAGCCAUACGAUUCAGUCCCCUGGCUACACGGCCACCCACCAGCUCUACGCCCACCACUCCCUGGUGCACCUGAUGGCCUUCAGCAUCACCAUCCGGCGCUUGGAUGGCUCCACGCAUCCCAUCACCGUCCAGCUCCAGAGCCUGUUCGUGCCACAGAGCCAGGACCUGCACUUGACCCCAGGCCCAGACUUCCAGGGAGCGCACUACAUCUACGGGCAGACACUGGUUCCCGAGGUGGAGGGGGGCCCCCGUCCCACUGUCCACAUGCUGUGGACCCCCAUCCCGCAGUGGCUGACGCUGGGCGGGGAGGAGCAGGAGCGGUGCUGGCAGUUCCUGACGGCCGUGGCCGGGAGUGAGGAGGAGGCAAAGCACAGCUACAGCGUGGGGCUGGCCCUGCUGGCCGCGGGGUCCCUGCACCACUCCCACGUCCGCGCCUGGGCCGCGCUGCGCCGGGGCUGCUCCGUGGAGCUGGACGGGCCCCCGGCCCUGCGCCAGGCGCUCCAUGGCUGCCUCUACUACCUGCUGAGCGCCGUCCCGCCCCGGGACUGCCCCGGAGUCCCGUUCCACGGCAUCAGCCCCGGCGGCUUGUCCAAUGGCACCCGCGGCGAGGACUACUGGGGACACGUCUUCUGGGACCAGGACACCUGGAUGUUCCCGAAUAUCCUGCUGCUGUAUCCCGAGGCUGCCCGCGCCAUCCUGCAGUACCGCGUCCGCACGCUGGAGGGCGCCAGGCGCAAUGCGCAGGAACAAGGCUACGAGGGCGCGAAGUUCCCGUGGGAGAGCGCAGCCACUGGCCGGGAAGUGUGUCCUGAGGAGAUCUACGGAGCCCAGGAAAUCCAUGUUACCGGGGAUGUCCUGAUGGCCUUCGAGCAGUAUUACUGCACCACGCAGGACCAGAAGCUGUUCCAGGAGGAUGGGGGCUGGGAGCUGGUGGAAGCCGUGGCUCAGUACUGGUGCAGCAGGAUGGUGUGGAGUGAGGAGGAGCAGCUCUACCACAUCAGAGGUGUCAUGCCCCCAGAUGAGUACCACAGCCAGGUCGAUAACUCUGCUUACACCAAUGCUGUGGCCCGGCGCAGCUUAAAUUUUGCUACUGACCUGGCUCGGGACCUGCUGCUCCCAGUGCCAGAGGAGUGGGAGGACCGUGCCAGGAAAAUCAAAGUGCCCUUUGAUGAGGAGAGGAAAUACCACCCUGAGUACGAUGGCUACAGCCCAGGUGAGCCGGUGAAACAGGCGGAUGUGGUCCUGCUGGGGUUCCCACUGAUGCAUCCCAUGAGUGCCGAGGUGCGGAGGAACGACCUGGAGAUGUACGAGCCCGUCACCGACCCGGCCGGGCCAGCCAUGACCUGGAGCAUGUUUGCCGUGGGCUGGCUGGAGCUGAAGGAGCUGCAGAGAGCCCAGAGCCAGCUGGAAAAGUGCUUCAGCAACAUCACAGAGCCUUUCAAGGUCUGGGUGGAGAACUCGGAUGGGUCGGGAGCUGUGAACUUCCUGACAGGGAUGGGUGGAUUCCUGCAGGUCAUCCUCUUCGGCUUCACGGGGUUCAGGAUUACGAGGUCCAGCCUCCUCUUUGAUCCUGCCUUUCCUGACAAUAUCACCAAGCUGGAAGUCUCCAGUGUCUCCUACUUGGGCAACAAGCUGGAGGUCACCAUCACCAGGGAGGAGAUCAGGAUGGAAGUGACUGAGACCUCCCAGGACCCUCCGGCGUCUCCCCUGGAAGCUGUGCUGGAGUCGGGACAGUGCUUUCCCUUGUGGGAAGGGCAGAGUGUCUCCUUCCCCACAGCACCUGGAUGGAUCCAGAGGUCACCCAGCAGGACCCCCUAAAGCCUGGCUGAUCCAGGUGUUGCCCACUGGAGCAGCAGGUCCGGGAUGUUGGUGGAGUUUACAGUGGGUGGAAAGGCGGUGCCAGGCUGUGCCAGGAGGCCUUUGUCCCCCCAGGACUGUGUGUGUCACCUGUCCUUGUGGCCCCAGGGCUCAGUGGCUGAAGCUGUCACCAUGGCUGGAGCUGUCACCUUGUCUGAGCCCCCUGCUCCCCUCCACACAUCUCUUCCUUGGUGCAGGAGAGGAAACCAAGCCUGAAAGUGACCAUUUCAAACGUGUUUGCUGAACACUCCGGAGUUUUUUAUGCUCUCAACAUGUUUGUGUUUGUAAGGAAGCCCAUUCCUGACUCCAGGAUCCUGACUCCAGCUCCUCCAGCAUGUCCUGCCCUGGUCUUUGCCUUCCCCCUGUGCUGCUCCGUGGGCUCAAAGGGCUGUGGAGGCUCAGCCACUGCUGUUUCACCAGAUGAAUGAUGUUUUGGUGCUAAAUAGUACUCCAAAAUAUGCAACUGAAAGCCUUUUAACCCUGUGUGGGCAGCACAGAGCAUCGUUCCUGUUAUUUGGUGUGUAACAUCCCCCGUAUGUUUUUAAACCCUUAUCGACACU